UACCCGCUCUUUACAGCUUGGCUCCCAACCACCAAUUAGAUUCCUUUCACUUCCUUCCACUUUUUGCCUCCUUAAAAAUGCUCUCUCCCUCCUUCACAAACCCCAACUCAAACUUUCCUGCAACUAAAAGAUAAGAGUGACUAAUUUUCUAGAUUGUCGGUUGGGUAAGUGUACUCGUUGUAUGUAAAUUUCUAUUUUGUUAAUUCAAAGUUUUCACUAAAAAUGUCGAAAAGACGACUACCCAUUUUUCAGAAUCUCUCCAAGCUUCUGAAAGUCUUUAUCUUCGUUGCCAAAGUGAGAAAAUUAUCAUUUGAAAACUCAUUUAUUAGGAAGUUGCAAUAUUCAAAGAAGAUGAAGCUUCUGAAGAAUUACGACUAUGGGUUUGUAAGAGAAUACCAGUUCUCUCUCUCCAACUCUCCCCUCAUUCGUAACGAAAGCCUUCGAGUUCGAGACGUGUAUUCGAUGUUCUUUCUCUGCAAAUGUUGGGGCAACAGCUUGAGAGUUGAAGGAGAAGAUGGAGAUUUCACGUUGGAAGCUCUGCCGACCACCGGAAAUGAUGACAAUGCAGUGGCUUUAUAUGAGCCGUUGGAUUGGGAAGACCACGAAGAAGAAGCUUCCAUUGAUUUGCGGGCGCAGAUGUUUAUUGAGAGGUUCUAUGAAGAAAUGAGAAUGCAGAGGCAGGAGUCGUUUUAAGUUAAUCAAAAUUUGAGUUCAAAUUUUUGCGUAUUUGUUGAUUUUUGAAUGAAUUGUUUUAUUUAUCGAUUCAAUUUGUUAAGUUUUCCACAUUAAUAUUUUUCACAUUGUGGAUAUAGGUUUGAAAUUAUUCCAUUUUUUCAUGACAUGAGUGGCAAUUUGUAUUUUUGGGGCAGAAGAACGUUGUUUUUAAUAAGUUUUUAAAUUAUUGAUAAUAAAUCACCAUUGUGUGA